CCGAGACUUGAGUGCAGAACAUGGCCCAUCUACGCUGCGUGCUCCUUUGUACUUUGAUUUCUCUACUGAAAGCCAACUGUACGGCAGAGGUUAAUUACUUAACCGCGGCAUCUGACGAGCCCCAGUUUCCCGACGUAUGGACUGUCGUGGAGCACUCCUAUCAUGCCAAAAUUCUGAUGUCACUCCCUCAGGGGGUUCCCCCAGUGACUGCGACCAUUGACGAGCUGUACGACCGCUCGCUGGGCAGCGGGCGCGUGUUGGUGACGGGUGGUGGCAUGGACAAUUUCUACCAUUACUACGAGAGCAGCCAGCAGAUGUUCAUUAUAACGAACCAUUCCUGCCAGUCUUACCCGCUGAAGGAGCCCCAGCCACUAUAUGGGUGGAACUACCAGUUCGAGCCCGACAAUUUCCUCUUCGGCCCGUCUGCGCUGCUCAGCGCUGCGAAAAUUUUAGAUCCGACGUAUGUAGGCAGCGACACAAUCCGAGACAUAGCGAGCGAUGUCUGGACAGCCAACACGAUCGACGGCUACACGAUCAGCUAUUACUUUGCAGUGCAGCAGUGGAGUAUCGGUCAUGGCGGCAUGAGAAUACCGCUGUUGAUAAAGGUGGAUGGCAUGGAGACGAACCCUUGGGACAUUUUAGACCACAAGAAUAUGUCCAUCUUCUACGACUACAUGGACUUCGUGCCUGACGUUUCACCUGAGCACUACAGGGAUUUGGAGCUUCCAAAGGGACUGGAAUGCAGCAGUCGCAAGUCGCUGGAUGAGGGCAAGCAACUGCCCGACCUGCCGCUGGGCUUCAGGACUCAUAUGGAGAUCAUCCUGGGCGAUAAGUCGGGACAAAUCGUCUACAGAGGAUGGAUGUACUAUGACACCACGCGCCAGUUGUUGCGUUUCGACUUAAAAGGAGACGAUGUCGAGGAACUCGAGUACGACAUGAAGCUCAUCUUCGCCUACGACUCCGGUAUCUUGUACGCCAUCAACUCAUACACCGGCGACUGUAAGAUGUCGCCCAUCAAGCCAGGAUACUUCGGGAGUUUAGAGGGUAGCGUCGUCGGCAACAUUUUAAUGGCAGAUCCCGACCACUUCUUCCAUCUGGACGACACAUGGAGCCAGAACGGCUCAGGGAGCUCCUGGACCCGAGGUGUGCUCACCGAGAGAUGGACUUCAACGCGCAAUGACAUACCCAACCCCGAGGGCGGCAACUACCCGAAAGUCGUGCUCGACUACCACUUCAUCCGAAGCGACGUUUUGAUCAUCGGCCACGCGGACGACGUCAGCGUGCAGCAUCCCGUCCGGGUCGACGUCACCAUCUACGAUCCUGACGACGCCAGAGUCGUGGUGGCCGAAGAAGCCGUCAACUUCCUGGGCUUCUCGAGUCUGGCGUCGGACUCGUUCGCUAUGGGCGAGUUCGACGUGCGGGAAUGUUUUAUGCUGCCGCAGCAGCGGUCGUGGCUCAAGAUUACUUUUGAAGGCAUAUGGGAGCGAGGCCUCGACACGCACGUGCGGGACUUUGAAGAGGAUCUCGCCCGGGCCAUCAUCAACGGAACAGGAACUUCCAUCAUAAGGAUCCCUGAAAUUCAGGUUGACCACGAUGAUAACUUUGUGUUCGCGGUGCUGCUGUUGCUGCAGCCAGCGCCGUACUCGCUGCAGUUCACACCCUACCCCGACAAGCAGCCAACCGACCAGGACCAUCUCGUGGAGGAGCUUAUCAACGACGCGGACCUGUGUGCUCGCUACUGCCUCUCCUACACCACCUUCCACUGCAGUUCGUUCUACCAGUGCCCAGUGCAAGGCAAACAGUGCUUCCUGAGCAGCAUCAUCAACUCGACAGGCACCGCCGCCACAGACGUCCCUUGUCCCCACUUCGUACAGACCGUGAGCGACACGCACGCCGUGCAGCCCUUCAAUGAGGAGGUCGAGAUGUGGAUCAACGAGGAGAUCGUUAAGCAAACGCUCGUCUUCCAGUACCCGUACACUGACGCUGAUGGUCAGGAAAACUACGGGGUGUACACGGCGGUGCAGAUGACGCGGGAGAUGUUCGUGGACGAUCCUGUGUUCGUGGACCUCAUCAGGGAGGACUUCGUGCCUCUCAUCGGGGGCGCCAGGCUAAAGGACGAGUACAACAACGUCACCUUCAAAAAGGACACGUACAUCUCGUGCCUGCUUACGUGCAAAUAUUACGAAGCAUUUGAGUGCAACACCUUCAGCUUUUGCUACGACGACGGCACGUGUUACUUGUCCAGCCAGGUCUUCGUGCGCCCGAUGACCCCACAGGAAGUUGUCUUGGACGGCGACUGUAUUGUUAUUGGCCGACAACUACUGGACGAAUACACGGAGAUCAAAGGAGCUGUCCUCAACAUUGACGCCAACAUGCAGUUCAGCGGCAUCCUCGACCCGAACUACUGUGCCUAUGACUGCGAUGUUGUUACAGACUUUGUCUGCAGGUCGUUCGACUACUGCAGCGACACGGGCACGUGUUACCUCCACGACACGCACGUCCUGGACGCUGGCGACGGCGACCUGCAGACGAACGCAACUCACUGCACGCACUACAGCAGUAGUUACUUGACCGACUUCAAGAAACACGAGAACGUCCGCAUAUCUGGCACUCGGGACGUCUACCUCCUUUACGUUACUCUGGACCAGUGCGCCAAGGAGUGUGUGGAGGAUGCGGACAUCGUCUGCAACGGCUUCGACUUCUGCCAGGAGGACGGCGGCCAGAGCUGCUACCUGACGGAGGCCCACUACUCAGGGCAAGGGGUGCAGGUGUCGGACACUCUCGUCUGCGACCACUAUGAACGCGUGUACUACGACGGCCAGGAUCUUAAUACCGUGGUCAACCAGCAGGAGCCCAAGAAAGGAUACGGACCUGGUGAUAUGGCUGGGCUGGCGGUCGGCAUGCUAAUUUCUUCCUUCGCCCUAACUUUUGUUGCCUUCUACUUCUACAACAAACCUCAUUAGCUUUGUUGCGUCAAUUCCUCCGACUAAGACUAAUAAGACUCCGACUAAGACUCCGACUAAUAAAGUUAAAUUAUUAGGUUUCUAAUACAUUUGGAUUCAAUUGAGUAGGAUGAUGAUACAGUUGGAAUUUUUCCUUACAAAUUAGUACAACUAAUUCAAAUUGUAUUAAAAAUCGUAUACGUAAUUAUAUACAUGCCGAUAACGUUUACGAUGAACAUGCAUUAUUCCAUGCCAUUUAACUGAUUAUGAUAUGUUAAUAGAGAAUGAUCACUCUUUCCUAAAUCGUAAUUACAAAUAAAUAAUUA